CUCCUCCUGCAGCAGCAGAGAGGGAUGUGUGUGCGUGUAUCAGUCAGUCAGAGUCAGGCAGCCCGGCAACACGUUCGGUCCUUCAGUCGCAAUCCUGCAGCCUCAUCAUGGCUCUCAACAUCCCCGGCGUAGCCGUUAUGAUGUUCUUCUACCUGCUGGUGCUCGGGAUCGGAAUCUGGGCCUCGUUCAAGUCCAAGAGGGAGGCCAAAAAGACCCAGGGGGAUAAGACGGAGAUGGCUCUGCUGGGCAACCGAGGCAUCAACCUGGUGGUCGGCAUCUUCACCAUGACAGCUACGUGGGUCGGUGGUGGAUUCAUCGUGGGCACAGCGGAGGCAGUGUACAACCCCUCCAUGGGACUGAUCUGGGCCGUGAUGCCGAUCGCAGCAACCAUGUGCUUCAUCAUCGGUGGCCUGUUCUUCGCCGAGCCGAUGAGAAACAAUAAAUACGUGACCAUGAUGGAUCCGUUCCAGAUCAAAUAUGGAAAAGUACCGGCGGCCGCUCUGUCUCUGGCUUCACUCGUAUCAGAGAUUAUGUGGGUAACAGGAACACUCAUAGGAUUAGGUGUAACUAUGAGUGUGAUCCUGAAUUUGUCCUACACUGUGAGCAUCUGGAUUUCUGCUGCCGUGGCCAUCACCUACACCCUGAUGGGGGGUCUCUACUCGGUGGCCUACACGGACAUCAUUCAGCUCGUCCUCAUUUUCAUCAGCUUGUGGCUGUGCGUUCCCUUCGCUCUGAUGGGCCCCGCUGUGUUGGACAUCACUGAGACGGCCUACAACUCCACCUUCCAGUCUCCGUGGGUCGGCACUCUGGAGGCGGACCGAGCCUGGAGGUGGAUCGAUAACUUUCUGCUGCUGGGUUUGGGGAACUUGGGCCUGCAGAACUUCCACCAGAGGACGCUGUCCGCGGCUUCCUCGUCUACAGCCAAGAUCACCUGCUUCGCCGCUGCUUUCAUCGUUCCCACGCUUGGCAUCCCUCCCAUACUCCUCGGGGCGGCGGCUGCAUCAACAAACUGGAACUUGACUUCUUAUGGUUCUCCCUCUCCAUUUGAGCGCGGGGAAGCGGGACUCGUCCUGCCCAUCGUCCUGCAGCACCUCACCCCAACCUACAUCUCCAUCAUCGGCAUCGGGGCGGUGGCCGCCGCUGUGAUGUCAUCCACCGACUCCGCCUUACUGUCUGCAGCCUCCAUCUUCACCGCCAACAUCUAUAGGAACAUCAUGAGGCCACAGGCGUCGGAGCAGGAGAUCCAGUGGGUGAUCAAGAUCUCGGUGGUGGUGGUGGGCCUGGCCGGAACGUCUCUCACCUUCCUGGACAACAGCGUCCUGAUGAUCUGGAUGCUUCGAUCCGACCUCACCUACACCCUCAUGCUGCCGCAGCUCGUCUGCGUGCUCUUCUUCAAAAUCUCCAACGGCUAUGGCGCCGUCCUGGGCUGCGUGGUGGGCGUGCUGCUGCGUGUUUUGUGCGGGGAGCCCUUGCUCGGGAUACCGACCAUUCUCAAAUUCCCAGGAUGCACCCUGGUCAAUGGCGUUUACGUCCAGCGCUCCCCGAUCAGGACCAUCUGCAUGCUGUCUGCUUUGGCGGCCAUCUUGUUGUUCUCCUACCUGGCGUCUCUGCUCUUCAACAGAGACGUGAUUCCUGAGAAAUGGGACUUUUUUAAUGUGAAGGCUCAGUACUCGAUACAACCACAAGCUGACGUCAAAUCCGAAACUAAGGACGAGAGCUUCAAAGAACAAAAUGAGAACAAUGAAGUAUGUGAACCGAUGUUAGAAUCAACAUGUUAAGUAAGAAACCUCAUUUAAAAUGCAUUUUUAUACAUUUUACAUCAGUAAGAACUGGUUUAAGAACACAUGUAUGUAAUGUGUAAUGACAUAAUUUUAACAGUACAAUAUAUUUUGAAUUUUUGUAUACUUUUAUAUACAGCAUAAAUGGGAAAAACACAUCACACCUAUGCUCUUUGUUAUUAUAAGAGCAUAGCAUUUUAUUUACAUUUUGUUUUCUUUGAUGAUUGUAAGACGAUAAACCCCUGGGCACAAAUGUAAAACAUGUAAAACGCCCUCCCCCCCGAUCCCAUUCACCAGGAACGCAACGUUCCUUAUGUAACCAUACGUACCUCAUGCAACGGUUUGAAUGAUAUCUUACUGAAAGUUAUUUUUCGCUUUUUGUGCGUUUUCGUACGAAUGUCCAGCAACACGUGUCCAUUUCUGUUCGUUACAUGCAUACAGUCUUUUCAAAAUAAGCUUGGCGUUACGUGAAGCUACGGAAGUUAUAUGACAAAUAAAUCAACGUUAGGGUUAAAAAAAAAAUACGGAAGUGACGUUACUUAAGUACGGAAGUUGCGUGACAAAUAAGUCAACGUUUGGGUUAUAAUAACCUCAAAAGUGACGUUACUUAAGUACGGAAGUUACGUGAGAAAUAAAUCAACGUUGGGGUUAAAAAAAAAACUACAGAAGUGGUGUUACUAAAGUAUGGAAGUUCCGUGAAAAAUAAAUCAACGUUAGGGUAAAAAAACAACAACAAC